GUCAACAAAAUGAAACAACAAAUGCAACAAACAAACAACGCAACAUGGCUAAAAAUUUCAAAUGAAAAACAGCCUUAUAUUUCGUUUUUUGAACUUUUCAAAAUAUAAUUUAUAGAUCAAGCAAGUGUAAAAAAAAGAUUGGAGAUAUUGAAGGUACUUUUGAAUCAGAUUCAUAAAAGAAAUAUAGGUACCUAGUCGUAGUUUCUUUGAUAUGUCGCAUAACAUGAUGCCGGUUUAUUUUGCCUCAUAAUACUUUGUUGUCUGAUUUAGUUGUUGUCCUAUUGAAAAAGAUUAACACUGAUUUUAUCUUAAAUGGGGAUCGCAGAGUAAUGAGAUGGCAUCUGUUAAUUGCCCAGUUUGUGAUAAACAAUUCCAACAAGAAAUUAUCGAGGAACAUGUCAAUAAGUGUUUAUUUCUUAACACCAAGGACACAAAAAGUAUAUCAACAUCUAAGAGAAACGGAUCACAUUUUGAAAGUACAUCACCUCAUGAUAAAAAGAUAAAGUUGGAAUCACACAUCAAUUCCACGUCUUCCACUGGAAAUCUGAUAUCAGAGACUACAAAGGCCAAAAAGCAAAGUACUCAAGACAAGCCCCUUCCAUUAGCUGAAAAAAUGAGACCUCUGCAACUUGAUGAGCUUGUUGGGCAACAAGAAGCUUUUGGGCCUGGCUCCAUGCUAAGGGCUAUGCUACAUCAAAAAAAAGUACCAAACAUGAUAUUGUGGGGUCCACCAGGAUGCGGAAAGACAUCUUUGGCUAAUGUUGUGGCAAAUAUUUGUAAAGAGCAAAAUAACAUGAGAUUUGUCAAACUAUCUGCUACCAUGGCAGGUAUAAAUGAUGUGAAAGAAAUUGUAAAGGUGGCAAAAAAUGAAAGUCAAUUCAAAAGGCAAACAGUGUUAUUCAUGGAUGAAAUCCACAGGUUCAACAAGCUUCAACAAGAUACAUUUCUGCCUCAUGUUGAGAAUGGUACAAUAACACUGAUUGGUGCCACCACUGAAAACCCUUCAUUCAGUUUGAACAAUGCCUUGCUCAGCCGCUGUAGAGUAGUGGUCAUGCAGAAGCUGAGUAUAGAAGAUGUGUUGGUUAUAUUAAAACGUGCCAUAAAAAGCAAUGGUCAAGUACAAGUUGUUUCUCAAAUGAAUAAAGAAAUUAAUGACAAUGAGAAAACUAGAUAUAUAGUUGAAGAAGAGUCCCUCAAAUGGCUGGCAGAGGUGAGCGACGGGGACGCCCGAAUGGCUCUGGGAGCUCUGGAGUUGACACUGACAGCUAGGGAUCCAGGUGACGAACUACAUGUCACUGGCCCUGCUAUAUUGUCAGUUGAGGAUAUCAAAAAUGGUAUUAAGAGAUCGCACAUGGUUUACGAUAGACAAGGAGAGGAGCAUUACAACACGAUAUCUGCAAUCCACAAGUCCAUCCGAGCGAGUGAGGAUAAUGCUGCACUGUACUGGACAACGCGCGCUCUGCACGGGGGCGAAGAUCCCUUGUACAUCGCACGCAGACUUAUCAGGGCAGCAUGCGAAGACAUAGGAUUGGCUGAUCCCACCGCGCUGGUGGAGGCAGUGGCGUGCCUGCAAGGCUGCCAGCACGUGGGCCGGCCCGAGUGCGACGUGCUGCUGGUGCAGUGCGCCGUGCGGCUGGCGAGGGCGCCCAAGAGCCGGGAGGUGUACCAGGCUAUGAAGCGAUGUCAACAGUCUUUGACGCAAGCUAAGGGCCCGCUUCCGCCGAUACCGCUCCAUCUGCGCAAUGCCACUUCGAAACUUAUGAAACAGAUUGGUUAUGGAAGAGGAUACAACCUUAGACAUAAAGAUGAGUCAGGGCUUGUGUAUAUGCCAGAGGGGAUGGAGCAUGUAGAUUUUUUUAGUGCCGACGGUGGUGACAAUUUUUUUGAUGAUAAAUGAUAAGAUAAAAAUAAACCAGAAAUCCUAGUGUCAA